AUGCAGCGCCGCGACAGGUCCAUCGCGCAAUCGCUCGGACUCCCAACCAUUAAGAAGGUCAAGGAGAGCAGAGUCUUGCUGGUCGGCGCUGGUGGCAUCGGAUGUGAGCUGCUGAAGAACCUUGUUUGCUGCGGGUUUGGUACUGGUCUCAAGCUGCCACAGAACCACAAUGCUGCACAGCCAGCAGCGGCGGCCACAGAAGGCGAGCAGCCCCCAGCGAAGAAGGCCGAAAUCGUGGUAAUCGACCUGGACACCAUCGAUCUGAGCAAUCUGAAUCGGCAGUUCCUGUUUCGGAAACAACACAUCAAGAAGCCCAAGGCAACAGUGGCGAAGGAGACGGCAAGCCAGUUCAACCCCGCCGUGAACAUUGAUGCGCACCAUGCCUCCAUUUUCGACUCGCAGUACAACGUGGAGUUCUUCGAAGGUUUCGAUCUGGUCUUCAAUGCGCUGGACAACCUGGCUGCGCGGCGGCAUGUGAACAAGAUGUGCCUGGCAGCGGAUGUGGCGCUCAUAGAGAGUGGCACGACUGGCUUUAAUGGUCAGGUCCAGGCUAUCAAGAAGGGUAUCACUGAGUGCUACGAUUGCAAUGAGAAGCCGGUCACGAAAUCGUUUCCAAUCUGCACGAUUCGCUCCACUCCAUCGCAACCAAUACACUGCAUAGUCUGGGCCAAAUCUUAUCUACUACCGGAGCUCUUUGGCACAAGUGAGGAGGAUUCGUCGGAUAUGCAAGUCACCGAGGGUGACAACGCGGAAGAGGUUGCCAAGCUGAAAGAGGAGGCCGAGGCGCUCAAGAACAUACGGAGUCUCAUGGGCAAGAGCGAGUUUGCACAGGCUAUCUUCAACAAAGUGUUCCACGACGACAUUGAGCGGUUACGUUCGAUGGCUGAGAUGUGGCAGACUCGGAAAGCGCCAGAUGCGCUGCGGUUUGAAUCCGUAUGCAUAGACACAAACCCAACUGCGCAAGGCGAGGCGAUUGCUUCACAGGACCAGAAUGUCUGGACACUGCAGGACAAUUUGAAGGUCUUCUGCUACGCUGUCAAGACGCUCAGCAAGCGCAUUCGGUCGGGCAAGGAGAAUGUCAUCGAGUUCGACAAGGAUGACAAGGACACUCUUGACUUCGUCACGGCUGCGGCAAACCUGCGUUCCCACAUCUUCGGCAUCGAACUCAACACUGAGUGGGAUGUCAAGCAAAUGGCUGGCAACAUCAUCCCCGCUAUUGCGACAUCGAAUGCUCUAACAGCAAGUCUAUGUGUGCUUGAAGCAUUCAAGAUUUUCAAGAGCGAACUUCCAAGCAAAAGGCCAGCUACCAACAAUGGCGCACCGAACACCCCUCCACUACUGGGUGGCGCGAAAAUGACAUUCUUGACAUCCAAGAGCACCGAUCGGAUGAUCACGAGCCAGAAUCUCGUGGAAGCUAAGCCCGAUUGCCCUGUCUGUUCUCCGUUCUACGCCAAGAUACACAUCAAGCAAGACUCUUCACCGACAUUGCAGCAGCUCGUUGAUUUACUCAAGAGGCGUCUAGAUUACGAAGACUUCUCGAUCACAGCUGAUGCUGGGAUGAUCUACGACCCUGAUUUGGAGGAGAAUCUACCUAAAGCACUGAAAGACUUUGGCAUCGAUGGCAAGAGCAUCGGCUUCCUUACGAUCCAGGACGACAGCGACGAACCUAGGGUUGACCUGCAGCUCGCCGUAAUUGCCAAGGAGCUUGAUAGCGACGAGCUGGUCCUAUUGCCACAGUCUAUUGAGCUCGGCAAGAAGCCACCUAAGAAGACACUCAUCAACGGCGAGAACCUCGUGGAAGCCAAAUCUGAUCCGGAUCCUGCCCUUGAGCCUGGCUCUAGUACCAAGCGCAAGCGGGAUGCCGAAGAAAUGGUCGAGAGUGCGAAGAAGAAAGCCAAGGCGGAUAAGGACGAACCGGUGUAUGUUGUCGAAGACGACGGCGCAAUACUUCUUGAUAAUUGA